AUGCUUCUGCUUGAAUUCGUCGACUUGAGCCAGAAUCCGUUUGGACUGGUUGAACUUUUCACCCAUCGUUGGAGAGCCUUGGACCUGCCAUGUUUCAAGGUGGAAACGCCCAUCGGAACUGAGGUGGUAGCAGGGAGCAUCUUCGACCGUGUCAACAAGACGAUUCAAAUCACCAGCCCACUCUGCAGCUCGCGAAAGGCCUUGAUGAAUGACGUCUUCCAGCUGCAGGGUGAGACGGACAACGGAGCGCCUCUGUUCAAGUCAUUGAGGGGCAACUAUCUCUACCAUGGUCCUCGUUGUGGCAUUGGACAGACUGGAAAGAAGUGGAUCAUCAGCCCUUUGCUGUGUUCCCAAGGUUUCAGCCUCGCAUAUCGUCAGACAGAGGACGGUACUGCACCGCCCUUGGAUGAUGAGUGGAUGGUGAAUUGUGACAGGAGUGGAUGGCAACUGGCGGACAUUCAGUUCAGUGUAGUGCCCAUGAUUGGCCGCAUUCGCACGGGCGCCUCCUUCUGCUUGGAAGUGUUUCAGCGACGGGCUGUGCUACAGCCCUGCAACACCGAUGAUGCACAGCUGUGGAUCUACAACACGAGCAGUGGACAGCUGAGAGACCGCAACGGACUCUGCCUGGAGGCUAUGGGCCUUCCUGUUUUGGAGACGCAAGCGAUUGGUAUUCCGGUGGCCAUGGGUGAUUGCCUCGAUGACUCCUCCGCGCAAAGCUGGGAGUACAAUACAGACUCAGAGCAGGUGAAACUGAAGAACCUCGAUCAGUGUCUGGAUGCAGCCCAACCCGACACCAUCGGAGGGCGUGAGAGUCCUUACAGCGACGCCGACGAUACCGGACAGUGCCUCUCGAUGCACCAGCCCUGGGCGUCUCUGUUGGUCUACGGCUUCAAGCGGGCCGAGGGUCGAUCGCUGGGGGACCUGGCGAGCCGCUUGUGGAUCCACGCCACGUCCAAGACGCCGGACUUGAUGGAGAUCCAAGCCCUGGAAGAGAGGUACGCCAGCAUCUACCAAGCCGCAGGAGUUCCGAUGCCGCCAUUUCCGUCCAAUUCGGGGGGCUAUCCCACCUCGGCACUUCUAGGCUGCGUGGACGUGGAAGCGUGCUGGAGCCAGAGCGAGUACGCCAGUGUCCUGAAGAAGAACCCUGACAUGCCACAGGAGGAGAGCGAAAGCGACUUCAUCUUCUGGUGUUUGAGACCACGACGUUUGUUGGUGCCAUUGAAGAUGGGUGGCGACCACAAGAUUUGGAGAUUGGAGAAGUCGUCCCUGGCUCCAGCUCAGCGCGGCUUGCAAGCGGUGCGAUGGCCCAAACCCCUCGACGACGAAAAGUCCAUGGCAUCGCCGGCGAUCGAGAAGACAGGAGCUACGGCCGCCAAAUGACCGCCGCUAGGCCCAGCUAUUUCCUGAAGCGAAACGAAUGUUUCCUGGAAAGUUCCCCGAAACCACCAGAAUCAUCCUAGCUGGAUGCUCGUCUC